ACUAGGAGGAGCUGUCCGCGGUGCUGAACGGCUGAUGGCACCGGUGGCAGUGUCCAGGAUCAUGAGCGUCCUGAGCACUUGUUUCCUGCUGGAUACAUGUCACAAUGCGAUCAAGUGCGCAAGGCAAUCCUUGUCAGUCACAAGUCCGAGUCUCCUCCAGGCACCUGUGUGCGCCAACAUCCCGAAUGCACUGACGGCAGGGCAGGAAAGUCAAGCUCAUCAGGCAGACUGAGAGUGGUCAUAAUCUUUGUGCUCUCUGUGCUACAGCAUGCAGGGGUGGUGGCGCCGGUGUGCGUGUGGAGUCAGCGCGUGGAGUCUCCUGCUGUCACUGUGCCUGGCCUCCGCGGCACACGCCCACCGCAGCCACACAGUGCACGUGAAGGCUGGAACGUGCGAGGUCAUCGCAGCGCACCACUGCUGCAACAGGAACAAGAUGGAGGAGAGGUCCCAGACCGUCAAGUGCUCCUGCCUCCCCGGGCAGGUGGCCGGGACCACGCGAGCGCUGCCCUCCUGCGUCGACGCCUCCAUCAUGGCCCAGAAGUGGUGGUGCCAGAUGCAGCCCUGCAUGAGCGGAGAGGAGUGUCAAGUUCUGCCCGACCUGACCGGGUGGAGCUGCAGCACCAGCAGCAGAGUCAAGACCACUAAGGUGACCCGGUAGUCCUGCCUGGAAGGUGCACCACGGCCCACGAGGACGUGCCUGAACGAGCGGGUGGCUCCGUCUUGUGUCGGCGCCGGACAGACUCCAGGAGAGAGUUCUGCUGCGGACAGGUGGCGAGUGGGUCCUCUGGCUAGACCUGUGGGCCUGGAGCACCCUGAGUGGAGCGCAGACGCUUGAUGUGUGUGUGGCGCGUGAGCCACACGACACCAGUCAGUGAAAGAGUCGACUGCAUAUUUCAAACACGCUCGCAUGCUCUGUGACAAACUUGAUAUCUUGUUUGUUUGUUUUUUACAUCCCCACAGAUCAACACCUUUUUGUGUUCUACACACGCUUUUCAAGGUAUUUCGUGACCGAACCAGACGUUUACAUGAGUAUGGUUCUGUUUUGGGCUCCCCCCAGAGGGGACGCGCAGCACGCGCAGAAGAGCA